AUGAAAACAGUGCUUUUCUUCUUCCAGCGCUAAACAAACAUGAGCAUGGGGAGUCCAGGUUUCGAACACACGGGCUGCACUGCAUACUCGCCUCUCUACAUCAGCCACCCGCACACUGACACCAGGACAGCCUGGCAGGACGAGGUGGAGGACAUCAAACCUCCCCGCAGCUUGUUGGGGCUGCCGGAGCUCAGCUGGUCGGGGGUCUACCUCCCCUGCUAUGACAGAUUAGCCAUAGAGGAGAACCCCUGGGUGCUGAGGAUGACGGAGGCCACGGCUCCCGCUGCUCCUCCCUCCAGGACUCCAGAGCUGAGCCCAGCCAAGCCCAGUCAACCCCAGGCACCCCCCUCCGCGAUGGAGGGUCAGGUGGAGGAGCGCUGUCUGGAGCAGGUCCAGACCAUGGUGGUGGGAGAAGUGCUGAAGGAUGUCGACACAGCCUGCAAACUGCUCAACAUUGCACCAGACCCGUUGGACUGGAGCCGUGUGCAUGUUCAGAAGUGGCUGUUGUGGACCGAACACCUACACAGGCUGCCCCAGGUCAGCACAAUGUUUCAGGACAUGAGUGGGAGAGAUCUGUGCUCCAUGACAGAAGCAGACUUCAGACAACGCUCCUCACAGUUUGGAGACGUGCUGUAUGCUCAUCUGGACAUUUGGAGAUCUGCUGCAGCAAUGAAGGAGCGCUGCCCACCAGAAGACAGCAAAUCUGCAGCUGAUGAUGAUUCCUGGUCCGAAAUGAUACGCAGCUACCCCAGCCAGCCCAUCCACCUUUGGCAGUUCCUCCGAGAGCUCCUCUUAAAGCCUCAUAACUACAGCCGCUGCAUCCGCUGGGUCAACAAAGAGAAAGGGAUUUUCAAAAUAGAAGACUCUGCUCUCGUAGCCAGGCUAUGGGGCAUCAGGAAGAACCGGCCGGCCAUGAACUAUGACAAACUGAGCCGCUCGAUACGCCAGUACUACAAGAAAGGCAUUAUUCGUAAGCCUGAUGUUUCACGCAGACUGGUCUACCAGUUUGUCAACCCUGUAUGAUGAAGCGGACCGGCUGAUCUGGAGAAAAUGAGCUGAGGAUGAACCAAAGAUAUGCUGGACAUACAGUAGGAGGAACAUGAACUCUGAGGCUCCUUCAUUCAUACUUUGUGUUUAAUUUCAAAUGUAAAGACUGCCUACUGAACUAUGCACUCCUGCCUAUCAUAAUAUAACUCUACUUUAUUAUUCUUAAUAACGGAUUUUAUUUUAUUUGUACCUUUCUUGUCUUUAGCACUCUUUUUUUUAAAAUUAAGUUUAUGGUGUGAUGUCUGGUUUCUUCUUCUAACUAUGGAAACAAAAUAAAUUAUGCAUAAUUGCUUUCUUGCUUACAUUUACAUGAGGAAAUUGAUACCAUUCGCAUAACUGUACAGUACAUAGAGGUUGAGCCGCAGAAGUUGGCUAUCUUAG